UAGCGCCUGUUGAGUAGGCUCGAGACUUAGAGGGGCAGUUGGAAGGACUUGACAAGGAUGCAGUGCUUUUACACCAGCGGAGGUUGAUGAAAGAAAAAGCUUGUGAAUCAUGCUAUGAUCGAGAACCCGUAAACUGAUGAAGAAGGAAAACGGAAGAUGUAAAGGGUGUGGCAAUUUGAAGGAAGACAUAAAAAAACGGUUUGAUGAAGAGUUAAAUACGUUGAUACUUUUAGGAAUGAUAUGGAUUAUUCCUGGAAUGCAAAUCCGAAUUUUACCCAGAUGACAAUAAAUUGACAACAUGGGAUUCAUCAGAGAAAAGGACUCCCUGACCACUUGAAAGCAAAUAAAUACUGUAAGCGCUACGUUUAACCUGGAAUUUAGUUAAAACGUUAUUGAAUUUCAGAAGCUUAUCCAGUAAGCACGGGCAAAGAGCAAUAUGCAUCUUGGCAAAGCGCUUCUGUUUUUCCUCCUUUGGAACUGUGUGACUAUGACGUUGUCACUGUCCACAUGCACCACUGUGGACAUAGACCACAUCAAGAAAAAGAGAGUAGAGGCGAUCCGAGGACAGAUUCUCAGCAAACUAAGACUGACAAGUCCGCCACAAACGGUGGGUCCAAAUCAGGUACCAUUUCAGGUGCUGGCCUUGUACAACAGCACGAAGGAACUGAUUGAGGAGUUGGGCAGAGACCGACAGCAAAGCUGUGGACAGGAUAACACAGAAACCGAGUACUACGCCAAAGAGAUUUACAAGUUCAACAUGAUCAAUGGCCCUUCGGAAAACAAUGACCUGCCUUACUGUCCUAAGAGCCUCACCUCCAAGGUGUUCCGCUUCAAUGUCUCCGCCAUGGAGAAGAACUCCACCAACCUGUUCCGUGCGGAGUUCCGCGCCCUGCGUGUUCCAAACCCCAGAGCCCAGAGGAACGAGCAGAGGAUUGAGCUGUACCAGAUUCUCAAACCAGACAACCCCAUCGCCAAGCAGCGCUACAUCGGAGGCAAGAACGUCCUGACCAAAGGAACACCUGAGUGGAUCUCCUUCGACGUCACAGAGACGGUCAGAGAGUGGCUCAUGUACCGGGACACCAACCGGGGUCUGGAAGUGAGCGUGCACUGCCCCUGCCACACCUUCAGUCCCAACGGAGACAUCCUCGACAACAUCAACGAGGUGCUGGAGGUCAAGUUCAAAGGCGUGGACGGAGACUACGAGGAUCCGAUCCGCCUGGACAUGAGCCGCCUGAAGAAGCAGAAGGAGCAGCUGUACCCCCACCUCAUCCUGAUGAUGCUGCCUCCCCACAGGCUGGACACCCACACCUCCCGCAGGCGCAAGCGGGCGCUCGACACCAACUACUGCUUCUCUAACUAUGAAGAGAACUGCUGUGUGCGUUCCCUCUACAUUGACUUCCGCCAGCACCUGGGUUGGAGGUGGAUCCACGAGCCAAAGGGAUACUACGCCAACUUCUGCUCCGGGCCCUGUCCCUACCUGCGCAGCGCCGACACCACACACAGCUCGCUGCUGAGCCUGUAUAACACCCUGAACCCCGAGGCGUCUGCCUCUCCCUGCUGCGUGCCCCAGGACCUGGAGCCCCUCACCAUCCUCUACUACGUGGGCCGCACCCCCAAGGUGGAGCAGCUCUCCAACAUGAUCGUCAAGUCCUGCAAGUGCAGCUAGGGCCCGAGGCCCCGGAGCCAGGAGCUGGCGGAGGCCCAGCACAGGGGGGGGAGGGGGGGUGGCAGGGGGGGCGGGGUGGCAAGCAGCCCCCUCAACGGGUGCCUCUAUCCGCCCUCACACCUAUCCACCCCCCUACCCCCGCCUCAGUCCUUAGCCCUGCAGGGAGACGCAGCCCACUACUUUACCCACAAUCCCUGGCUGUAUGGUCAUGUGACCUUUUCCAACACCACUCCCCUAAUCUGCGACCUCAAAGCCAUCAGAACUUUGUAGUGGCCUGAAAAAAAAUUUUUUUUUUACCUCACAAUUUUCCUCAUAGUUGUUUUAUAAUUCAGCAUUUUGAACUGCUUAUACAUCUUUGCCACAGGCAUUCAAAGACAACCUUUGACCUGAGGAAAACAACUGACCUCCUACUCACCAUGACCACUGCUUCCUCCAGGACAGAAGGCGGCUGCAGUAGAACAGAGCCUGACUGAUAAGGUGGUCUGGACUCAAGCAUGCGUCGCUGUGGGUACACACACCUGUGUUUUGUAAAGCAAGCCAUCAUGUUGACUGGAGGGCAUAGUCCUCAGCGCACAGCAGACAGACUCGUCCCUGCUGGAUUCUAGCGCUGCGUUCAGUUCCCCUGUUCAUCUAGGACUCAUGCUGGACUGGAUACAGAAUAUCUUAGGAAAAAAAAUACAAAAUGCUGGAAAACAACUUUAUUCAAAAUCGUAUUUUCAUGUUUACCUCUGUAAUGCAACAGAGUCAUGUUUUAGGGAUUAUUAGGGAUCAUCUUAAAUGAGGAAGACUUUUCUGUUAUACAUGAUGAUGUAUGUCACAAAGUGAACACUUCACUAGAUCACAAAACUGUAAAUGUUUUUGUUGCUAUUACUCUUAAAUCACGUUUCUUUUUUAAUUAAAAA